AUGUUCUCCUCCACCCUCAUCGCCUUUGUCUUCGGUGCUGCCGCAGUUCUUGCUGGCCCCUUGGAUCUCACAUAUCCUAGGAUUUGCGGAAGCCACCCCAGCAACACCAAGCUCGUCGCUGCUGAGAGGAAAUUCGACGCUCAGAUGGUCGCUCCUGGCGCCAGCCCCAUGGGUGGAGAACCGACAUCUCCCAAGCUCAAUGUCUACUGGCACGUCGUCAGCAAGGACGACACGCUUGAAGGCGGUAAUGUCCCGGAGUCCCAAAUCACGGAACAAUUGGAGAUCCUGAACAAGGCCUACGACAAUACUGGCAUUUCCUGGAAUUUGGUCAACGUUUCGCGUACUAUUAAUGAAGAAUGGUUCAACGAGGCUAGCCCCUACUCGCCUCUGCAAGCCGAUAUGAAGUCUGCUCUCCGGGUUGGUGGCCCCGCCGACUUCAACGUCUACACUGUCGGUUUCAAGACCGGUCAAGCUGAAGGUCUCUUGGGAUAUGCUACUUUCCCUUCCGAUGUCGAAGCGGAACUUAGUGACGACGGUGUCGUCUUUUUGUUCUCCAGCGUCCCAGGUGGUGCCACCGAAAACUUCAACCUCGGACAUACUCUCACUCAUGAAGCCGGUCACUGGGUUGGCCUCUACCACACCUUCCAAGGUGGUUGCGCCGAGCCCGGCGACAGGGUAGCUGAUACUGUCCCCGAAGCUAGCCCUGCCUCUGGCUGCCCUGUUGGACGCAACACCUGCAAGGAAGCUGAAGGUGUUGACCCCAUUCACAACUUCAUGGAUUACUCCUUCGAUUCCUGCCUCAACGAGUUCACCCCUGGCCAAAUCGAGAGAUUGCAAGCUCAGAUGCGCACUUUCCGAGGUGUUCAAUUCGGUGAGACCACUGAAGAAGGAACUGCGGAAGCAUAA